AUGUUUUCCCAGCAGCCACAAGACCUGGUGGUGGUGGCAGGCCUGCCUGUGACAUUACCAUGCACUAUCCCUGGUUAUCAUGGCGUUGUCCUGUGGAUCAAAGAUGGCCUGGCACUGGGGGUUGGCAGGGACCUCUCAGGCUAUCCUCGUUACACAGUGAUUGGCGACCACGGUUCAGGAGAGCAUCAUUUGCGAAUCCAGCGUGUCGAGCUGAUGGAUGAUGCCGUGUUUGAGUGCCAGGCCGUCCAGGCUGCCAUGAGGUCCCGUCCUGCCCGUCUCACUGUGCUGGUUCCCCCUGAGGACCCAGUCAUCAGUGGAGGACCGGUGGUGAGCCUAAGGGCUGGUGACCCACUCAAUCUGACCUGCCAUGCUGACAAUGCCAAGCCGGCAGCCUCAAUCAUCUGGGUCCGCAAUGGAGAGAUCAUUAAUGGGGCCAUGUACUCCAAGACCUUGCUCCGAGAUGGCAGGAGAGAAAGCACCGUGAGCACACUCUACCUAUCGCCUUCCAACAUCGAGACAGGUCAGAAGAUCAUCUGUAAGGCAUCAAACAAGGCAGACCCCAAUGGCAAGGAGACCAGUGUCACAAUUGACAUCCAGCAUCUCCCACUUGUCAAUCUCUCAGUGGAGCCUCAGCCUGUUCUGGAGGGCAACCUUGUGAAAUUCCACUGCUCUGCAAAGGCCAACCCUCCUGUCACACUGUACAGGUGGGCCAAAGGAGGAAGUAUAAUCAAGGAGGUCUCUGGAGACACGUAUGAGGUUAUUGUGGACCACUCCUUCUUUACAGAGCCCGUCUCCUGUGAGGUCACCAACCCUCUUGGCAGCACCAACAUAAGCCGCAACGUUGAUGUCUACUUUGGUCCUCGCAUGGCUGCGGAGCCUCAGUCCUUACAGGUGGACCUUGGAUCUGACGCUGUGUUCAACUGUGCCUGGACAGGAAAUCCCUCUCUUACCAUAGUGUGGAUGAAGAGGGGCUCUGGAGUGGUUCUUAGCAAUGAGAACCUCCUGACACUGAAAUCCGUGAGACAGGAGGACGCCGGGAAAUACGUUUGCCGUGCUGUGGUCCCACGAGUAGGAGCAGGGGAGAAGGAAGUUUCACUCACUGUCAAUGGGCCACCCACCAUCUCCAGCACACAAACUCAGCAAGCUUUACAUGGAGAAAAAGGACAAAUCAAAUGUUUUAUUCGAAGUACACCUCCUCCAGACCGCAUUGCCUGGUCAUGGAAAGAAACUGUGUUGGAGUCUGGAACAUCCGGCCGCUACACUGUGGAGACCGUCACCACAGAAGAAGGAGUGAUCUCCACACUGACCAUGAGUAACAUUGUCCCAGCUGACUUCCAGACCAUUUACAACUGCACUGCGUGGAACAGCUUUGGCUCUGACACUGAGAUCAUACGCCUUAAGGAACAAGAAUCUCUCCCAGUUGCGGUGAUCAUCGGCAUUGCUGUGGGAGCUUUUGUGGCUCUCAUCGUCCUCAUGGGCACCAUUGGAGCAUUCUGUUGCACCCGCUCUCAGAGAAAGGAAGCGCACCUGGUUAUGCCCUCACUGCCCGUCUCCAUCUGUGCUCACCAGAGAGAACUUGCAAGCAAAAUUAAAACAGAAAAUCUAAAAGGAGUCGUGUCGGCGAAAAAUGACAUCCGUGUGGAGAUUGUACACAAAGACCAUAAUGCAGCACGGGAAAACGAAGAGCACACCUCCAUGAAACAACUGAUGGUUGAACGAGGAGAGUUCCAGCAGGAAUCUGUUCUGAAGCAGCUGGAGGUUUUACAAGAGGAGGAGAAGGAGUAUCAGCACAUUAAGGACCCCACAAAUGGCUACUACAGUGUCAAUACCUUCAAGGAGCACCAAACACCUACCAUGGCAGGGAAUCAGUCCACUGAAGUAAGGAACCCCACCAACACAGGCACCCUGGGCAAGCAGCGGGUACCGACAGGCAUGUCCUUCACCAACAUCUACUCCACUCUGGGAGCAGGUCCCAACCGUCUGUAUGACUAUAGCCAACGCUUUGUGCUGGGCAUGGGCAGCAGCUCCAUCGAGCUGUGUGAGCGGGAGUUCCAGCGUGGCUCGCUAAGCGACUCCAGCUCUUUUAUCGACACGCAGUGUGACAGCAGCGUCAGCAGCUACAGUAAGCCGGAAGGCUAUGUGCAGUUCGACAAAGACAGCAAGGCAUCAGCCUCCUCUUCCUCCCACUAUUCCCAGUCCUCCUCGCAGAACUCAGACCUCACCCGGCCCCUCCAGAAGCGCAUGCAGACCCACGUCUGACCACCAGGGAAGGAGGCUGUGUGAACAGGGUGUAAAAACCGGCCAGGAUUGUUAAACUGUGAAAGAAUCAGCUCCCAGGAGCCCCUAAAGUAACAAUGUUACUGUAUGUGUCCUCUGGACACCUGGAGAUGCAAGAGCUGGUAGGCUUUAAUACACCAUGUGACUUCUUCAGACUUCUCAAUGUCCCAAAAAGUGGAUCAAGAAGCCUUAUAUUUCCCUCAUGCUUAACUCAUCACCUCCUUUUUUAACCCAUAAUCAGAACUGUGCCACAGAGAGGUUAUUUGCCAACACAGAGACAACCCAAGUUUGGAAUAUGAACGUUCAAUUCUUGGUUGCUGCAGUGGAAUUGUUCGCGGAUUAGAGCGCAGGAAUACCUCAAGGCUUUGUAUGACAAUCAGCUCCCCUGGCAAAGACCAUUUUUGCCUUUGUCAUUCAGAAAAAGUGAGAUUGUUGUUAUGAGUGUUGAAGGACUCAGCACGAACAGCACGAUAAUGAGUGUGAGCCAAUGUCCUGCUGCUCUCUUGUAAUUCGAAGCACAAAAAUUGAAUGUGCACAUGGUUUUAGUUCUUAAAGUGAUAACUCUUACCUACCCCCACCUCCCUCUGCACUCUGUAUGUUAAGCUUGGCUUGUUGAAACUCGUCUCAUGUGUAGGUGGAAUAAAACUUUCUCCAUGUGCCCACAGACGUCUCGAGCGUUACAAAGAACAGCUGUUUUGGUUUUUUUUGGGUUUUUUUUCUCCACAGCGAUAUCUGGGCCACAGAAAAGAGCAGAUAAAGAGGGGCUGAGAUCUCAUUUUAAAUCCCUGAGUCAUUAUUUUUCUUUGACACUGCGAUAAAAGAAUAUCAGUGUACAUAUGUGACUGUAAUUUCUUUUCUAGCAUCUAAUUUCUGACUCUGAUUUCACUCAUGGAGGACUCUUAAUGAGACAUGAGCACCUCUUCUUGUCCUGCAAACCCUAUCUACUUCACCUUCAGUGUCUGUUUGAACUGUGUCAAUACAAACUUAGACAAAGCGAGAUAGACGUACACUAUCAGCUCUUUUGUUGAUGGGGAGCUGCAUCCUCCGUGGUAUAACUGCAACAAAUCCAGCUCCAAGCAAUGCAGCAGUAAAGCCCACAAACUGCAAACUGUGCUGCACUUGUGAGUUUCUCCUGCUAAUGCCACAGAUCAUCAGCCAUAUACUUGAGGGUACCUGUUGAAUGAAAUGUAAACAUUAUACUUCAGCGGAGCUUCUUGUGUGGUUAUCCCAUUGCUUUUGUCAAUAUCACUGUUGACACUGGAGCUCAGUGAAACCUGACUGUAUACCUUCCUGUAAUCGUGCUGAUCAUCAAGGGACAUGAGAAGCAAAUUUAGGAAAUGUGUUUUAUUUUGCUGUCUGCUCUUCAUUUUUUUGGCUACUGUGGAGCUAAUGGUGGCACGCUGACUCUUUACAAGUGCAUCUUUUUUUUUUUAUUUUGUUCCGUUUUGCACUGUAUGUGACAUUUGAAAUGGGGUUUAUUAUUUAUCCACUGACACUGUAUUUGUUUUAGUUGAGAGUAGAGACAGAGAGUAGUGAUUUAACUCGCACUUACACCAUUUUUCUAAAAGUUUCAAAGUGAGCCUGUUGUCAAGAGUGUUGUAGUCAUGCACUGUGCAUGUUUUGUGGCAGAACACAAAGUAAUGACUGGGGAGUUUUGCUUUUUUUGAAGCACAGAACACUGAGAGUCCUUUUGCAGAUUAGUGAAGAUACUGUAGUAAGUGGGGAAAAACAUCAUAUUUCAGCCUGGAUGAUACCACCCACCACACUAAAUAAGAUGUUAACCGUACGAAGUUUGUGAUCAGCGCUCAUCAUUAUUUCCUGAAACUGUGUUAGAGCAGGCUUUGAUUGAUAAGAGAAUCCCUUUUAACAUUCUGUAACGGCUGCAAUCCAGCCUGCAGUUGCAUCAUACGUUUCAUCACAUUUGAUUUUAGCCAUUAAAAGCUUCAUAUGUCUGUGGGCAGUCAAGGUCUGCACCAGCCAUACUUUAUAAAAUCAGCUUGUUUGUUAUUUGAUCAGUUAUCAGAAGGGUAAAGGGUGGUUCCUGGAACUUAACAGCAAAUUGCUGUAAAACAAUACUGGAAAUGAUGGCUAACAACAUUAAUGUCACUUCUGUAUUGUCAAAUCAAGCAAAAAAACAUAACAUAAAGUAUAAAAGAAUAUGAUAUAUCUUAUCUAAUUACGUAGUUUCUCAGUAUCUUCCGUAGUGCAGCAGUCAGUUGGGAUGAAGUGAGCUUGAAACUGAAAUCUGCCUGCUACCCCAUGAAAAACCAAGCACGGCAUUUCCAACAAAAGCAAGUUGUUGUUGUAAGCACUUUACAUAUGAUUAUAUUCAAGGCAUUUGAAUGGGGUUUUCCACUUGAGUGCCAGUGGUUUGGACUCUAAUUUUACAAAUGGAUUGGCGCCCAUUGUACAGCUUAAGACAAAAAGCUCUGUUUCAACGCUGAUAAUCCAGCUUGGCACUUAGCAGACUGUAUAUAAAUCUCUAAUGCUGUCUUUCUCUGUAUAUAAUUUUUUCCUGGCUUUUCUUUCUCUCUCAGUCAGAUUUCACUAUAUUAGAGCUCAACAAAUCCAUGUGGCAUCAAAACUGUACAGACAGACAAUCAUUUUCUCUUUGUUUCCCUUCCAAAAAUUUCAUCAACCUUGCUUGUUUCUCACAAAUUACAUGAAAGGCUUAUGCAAGCACUUUCCCUUCCCCACAGAACUCACAGGGAAAACUCACACUCUGUACACCAAGCACACAGGAGGCUAUAGGAUGAGAAGUUGAGCUUAGCUGGGACAGCUUUGAAGUGAGAUGCAGUAAGAGGUUAUUAUAUCUUCAGCCCUUCUGAGAGAUGCCAACAUGUGCAGCAAUAUAUAACAUCUGGCACCAUGAUGACUGUCAAAUAUGUCUGUGCCAUUUUUUAUUUAUUUUUCCUAGCAUUUAUAAGUGCAGUAUAAAAUAAAUGUCUUGCCUAGAUAACGGUAGUAGUCAGAAUGAUUUUAUUUUUAUGAGACAAGACAGUUUUCAUUUUUAGAAUUAUUUGCUUACAUUAUGCCUCCUUUUACUUCAGCAGCAUCAUAAUUCAAAUAGUUUCACCUUUCAAAACGUAUCAUAAUGCAGACAUUCAGCAUGUCUCUCCCUAAAAACAAAAAUAAUUUGGUUUUCCCGUCAAAAGGGUCCAGUUUUCCUUAUCUGAUGCAGCUCCCACACUGAUCCAAACAUAAUGCAUUUUCCCAGUCCAGAGAAUCUGCUCACUGCACAGCAAACAGAUAAAUAUUUGAUAGGCCAGCCUUCUGUCCCAUCCCCCAUGGCAGCAGCUACAGUGGGCAUGAGUGUACCACAGGAUGCGAGUGCCAUGUCAGUCUCUGGGAAUCAAAGCCCAUGAGGGGUCCAGAGUCUGCCCUGUUCACCUGUGGACGCCUCUCCGGCUGGUGCUGGUGGCGCCUGUUUGCCUGGCUACAGGCACUGCACAGAUGCCAGGGCAUAACAGAUGAAUAAACACAAAGACCCGGAACAAUUACAAGGGGUUGCUGCCCUUUGCUGAUACAACAGAGCAAGCCUUUCAGAGCUGAGGAUGCAGGGUAGUCUAUUAUUCAGAGAUGCUAGAGACUAGCCUGUAGUACACAGGAUAAGGGCAUUUCUAGUGAGAGGCAACAAGGUUAUAAGCAGUGUGAAGAGAAGACUGGUUGGUAGGUGAUUGUAAUGGCUUCUCUGCCCACUGGCUAUAUUAUAUUUGUUUACUGCACUGCACAAAACUUACUGCUUAGUCUGAAUAAACUGGGAAAAAACUGAUAAAGAAAUGCCAAACAUUAGCACUGACAAUAACUCGCCUACGCCUGCAAAAGGUGGUUUACAUGAGGCUAUUUGAAGUCUCCCUCAUUGUAUGAUAGGUGUUACUAUCCAUAAUGGAACACAUUAGAGAAGGUGCCAUUCAAAACAACCCUUUCUUUACUGUGUAAAUGCUUUCUAUCACUCAGUUUCUCUGUUUCUCUCUCACUCUCUUUUCUUUUCUACCAAUGCAUACCUUGAUAGUACUUUGAUAACAUACAACUGUAAGGUAAAGGGCCUGGACUAAAUAGUACAGUAUUUGCAAAUAAUGCUCAGAAGUUGCUUCAGCCUGCUGGACUCACCAGGAAUCAGUGCGGUUUGGUUUGCAGCAUACGAUGUGAGAUAAGUCACAGAAAAUUGAAAGAAUCACAGAAAAACAUUUGAAAGUCAAAUGAGUACACUUGUCUGUGAUUGGUUGAAUUACUCUGUACUCCGAAUAAUGCAAAUAUAUUUGCAAAUACUACAUGACCCAGGUCUGAAAAAGUACUUAACUUAGAUGGUCAUUUCAAGAGUUUGUAUAAAUAGUAAACCAUAAGCAUAAUGAAAAGACAACAUGUAAAUUCUUCUGGGUAAACCACUAUUUUCAUGCAGUGGCCCUCUGUAUCUAAGAAAAAAAAAAGAAAAAAGGUUGUAUUUUAA